UCGGCAAAUUUGGUAUGAUUACAGAGAAAGCAAGUGAAAGUUUUUUUGGGUGGCGGUAUUUAACGUUAGAGAACGGUAUUCAACCGAAAACACUUCCGAAUCAUCCAUCAACUCGUACGUUUAUCUCGAGUCGUACAGAUUGAUCAGUUAAAUUUUUGUCUCUAUUGUGUCCGAUGGUGACAGCGAGAUACAAAUCUCGGAUCUAGUGAAAGAUUGCUACUUUAUGAUAUUUAUGGUGUUUACAUAGUGAAUUUACCCUGUUCUGUGCAACACGUGACGCGUAGACCGUACAGCGCGAUUGGCGUCGCGUACUCUUGAAUUUAGAAAAUAUGGACACAUCAGAAUUCGUACAAUUUGCCAAAGCCACUAUAGACUACGUUGCGGAUUAUACUGAUACUGUGAGAAGUAGAAACGUAUUGCCGGAUGUGGAGCCGGGUUAUCUCAGCAAGUUACUUCCAAAAGAAGCACCGCAAAAAUCGGAAAAAUGGCAAGAAGUUCUCAAAGAUGUGGAAAAAUAUAUUAUGCCAGGGGUGACACAUUGGAGCUCGCCAUACUUUCAUGCAUAUUUCCCAUCGGGUAAUUCUUUUCCUUCACUCGUCGCUGAUAUUGUGAGCAGCGCGAUUGGGUGUAUCGGUUUCAGCUGGAUAGCAUCUCCAGCUUGUACCGAGCUCGAAGUCAUUACAUGCAAUUGGCUUGGGCAGAUGUUAGGACUUCCUAGCGAGUUUUUGCAUAGUAGCAAUGGAACAGGUGGUGGAAUCAUCCAGGGAUCUGCCAGUGAAUGUACAUUCAUAUGUUUAUUAGCUGCGAAAGAUCGCACAGUGCGUCGAAUGAAACAACUUCAUCCAGAACUAGAUGAGGAUCGCAUCAGAGCUAAACUAGUCGCAUAUACUUCCAAUCAAUCUAAUUCUUCAGUAGAGAAGGCAGGAAUUCUAGGAUCAAUGCCAAUGAGGUUGCUGCCAGUGGAUGAUAAGUGCUCUCUGCGCGGAGAAACUUUAAAAAAAGCGAUGCAGGAAGAUAUGGAGAAAGGCCUUAUACCGUGUUACGUCGUCGCUACUUUAGGAACUACUAGUACCUGUGCCUUCGACAAUAUGGAGGAGAUAGGACUAAUAUGCAAAGAAUAUGAUAUGUGGUUGCACAUUGACGCAGCUUACGCGGGUGCAGCAUUUAUUUGUCCGGAAUUUAGAUAUUUGAUGUCUGGCAUUCAGUAUGUGGAUUCUUUUAAUGUAAACGUGCAUAAAUGGUUGCUUACGAAUUUUGAUGCUUCGGUAAUGUGGGUAAAAGACUCAAGACGCCUUGUAGAAACAUUCAGUGUUAACAGAAUAUAUCUAUCACAUGAUAAAGAAGGAUUGGUACCAGAUUACAGAAACUGGCAGAUACCGUUGGGCCGACGUUUUCGUUCUUUAAAAUUGUGGUUUGUCAUGCGCAUUUAUGGAGUACAAGGUCUUCAGGAGUAUAUUAGAAAUCACGUAAAACUAGCGCAUCUUUUCGAAACAUACGUCAGAUCGGACGAUAGGUUUGAAAUAACCACUGAAGUCAUUUUAGGUCUUGUCUGCUUUCGUAUCAAGGGUGAUAACAGUUUAACAAAGGAACUCUUAGAUCGUCUGCAGGCUAGGAAAAAAGUUUAUCUCAUCGCUGGCACGCAUCAUCAUAAACUUGUUGCUAGAUUCGUCGUUUGCAGCCGAUUAUGUCGGGAAGAAGACAUUGCUACCUCAUGGAAUGAAAUACGCAGUCAGACGACAGAAAUUUUGCGAACAAAAUUUAAUAAAGAAUCGGUUAAGAAUGGCAUAAAAUCGGAUGAUAUUGCAACAAGAAUAGAAAGUUUAAACUUAGAGUCAAAGAAAAAUAUGCAAAAAAUAUCAUAACUAAUCUUUCCUCCAUAAAAUUUCGCGAUCGAUUAAUUAUAUUAUGUAUUAUUAUUUUUUAUGGCUUCACAAAUUCUUAAUAGUAAAUUAAGAAUUUUUAUGUCUUAAUUAUGCAGAAUCUAUAUCAAUUACGUAGUAUCUUAAUAGCGUGUAAUAUCUAAAGAUUGAUUAUUAUUUUUUAAUAUUUCUAUUGGCGGUUCUUCAUUAUAUAUUUUACAUUUUAGCAUUUUACUUAUUUUAUACGUGUAUAAUUGUCAUGAUAAAGAGUGCACUUAUAUAUUCAAUGUAGAUAUUUGUAGAAUGUGAAACUGUAGAGGAAAUCAGUUUUUGAAUGUGCGGUCCACUUACGCCCGUUUCUACCAAUGCAGUUUAGUUUUAUAAUCUGAGUUCAAUUAAUUCUUCAUCUUUUUUUAUAGU